GUUCAAACAGCGAGCACUGAAUACAACCUGUCUAGUGUCUCGCGGCGCCGUAUCAGUCAACGACGCGUCCACGUUUCCCGCCCGCGCGCCUUUAUUUUUUUUAUUCAUAAAAAUAUAGCCAAAGAAAUUGAAGUGUGUGAUUGUGAAAAGUGAAAAUGACGGCGGGUCCCGAGGAGCAUGAACCUCUGAUUUCGGCGUCGGUCGACAACCAAAGGGUCGCGUACAAUAAUUCACCUGAAAAUGGCAGCACACCUCGGCAGAGUCCGCGAGGCAGCACGGGCGAGGUGGCAGUGGCCAUCACACCCCGGAACUACGGGUCCAUAGGCGGCGUGGAGAAGGUCUCCUACACCUGGGCGGACAUCAACGCCUUCGCCACAGAGUCCAGGUCGAGGAACAGAAGGUUCUGGCAGUUCUGGAAGGCCUCCACCAACGGCAUGUUCCAGCAAAGGAAGCAGCUGCUCAAAAGUGUAAACGGCGCGGCGUACCCCGGCGAACUUCUCGCCAUCAUGGGUUCCUCUGGCGCCGGUAAGACCACCCUCCUCAACACCCUGACCUUCCGUCCCCCCAGCGGGGUGGUGGCCAGCGGCACCCGGGCUCUGAACGGCCAGCCAGCGACUCCGGAGGCCCUGGCGGCACUGUCGGCGUACGUUCAGCAGCAGGAUCUGUUUAUCGGCACGCUGACAGUGAAGGAGCAUUUGAUAUUCCAGGCACUAGUCCGGAUGGACCGACACAUACCUUACGCGCAGAGGAUGAGAAGAGUACAGGAGGUCAUCUCUGAGCUAGCCCUAUCCAAGUGUCAGAACACGGUGAUCGGGAUCCCUGGUCGGCUGAAGGGUAUAUCUGGGGGGGAGAUGAAGCGGCUGUCGUUCGCCAGCGAGGUGCUCACCGACCCUCCGCUCAUGUUCUGCGACGAACCCACCUCGGGACUCGACUCGUUUAUGGCGCAGAACGUUGUCCAGGUACUAAGCAGCUUGGCGAAGAAAGGCAAGACAGUGAUAUGCACGAUUCACCAGCCGUCAUCGGAGCUGUACGCCAUGUUCGACAAACUGCUCAUCAUGGCUGAUGGACGCGUCGCCUUCCUGGGAUCACCCAACCAGGCAACUGACUUCUUCAAAGAGUUAGGUGCAGCUUGUCCAGCAAACUAUAAUCCAGCAGACCACUACAUCCAGCUGUUAGCUGGUGUGCCGGGCCGGGAGGAUUCCACUAGACAUACCAUCGACACGGUCUGCACCGCCUUCGCUAAGUCUGAGAUGGGCAGCAAGAUUGCCGUUGAAGCAGAGAACGCCAUGUUUGCUGAACGUAAGAUAUCAUCAGGCUGGGCGGACGCGGCGUGGUCGAGCGCAACUCCCCGCGCACGCCACUCUCCAUACAAGGCGUCAUGGUGCGCGCAGUUCAGAGCGGUGCUGUGGCGCUCCUGGCUCUCCGUCACCAAGGAGCCCAUGCUCAUCAAAGUGCGCUUCCUGCAGACUAUUAUGGUGUCGAUCCUGAUCGGCGUGGUGUACUUCGGGCAGCACCUGGACCAGGACGGCGUCAUGAACAUCAACGGCGCUAUCUUUAUGUUCCUCACCAACAUGACCUUCCAGAACAUCUUCGCUGUCAUCAAUGUAUUCUGUUCCGAGCUGCCUAUAUUCAUACGGGAGCACCACUCGGGGAUGUAUCGAGCUGACGUCUACUUCCUCUCCAAGACGCUGGCGGAGGCGCCGGUGUUCGCAACCAUUCCCCUGGUGUUCACCACCAUAGCCUACUUCAUGAUCGGCAUGAACCCUACUCCGGCGAGAUUCUUCAUUGCCUCAGGUUUAGCAGCCCUGAUCACCAAUGUUGCUACGUCGUUCGGUUACCUGAUCUCGUGCGCCAGCAGCAGUGUGAGCAUGGCGGCGUCGGUGGGGCCGCCCAUCAUCAUACCCUUCAUGCUCUUCGGAGGUUUCUUCCUCAACUCUGGCUCCAUCCCACCCUACCUGAGCUGGAUCCAGUACCUGUCCUGGUUCAGGUACGGGAACGAGGCUCUGCUCAUCAACCAGUGGUCCGGCGUGGACAGCAUCGCCUGUACUCGGGAGAACUUCACCUGCCCCGCCAGCGGGAAGGUCGUGUUGGAGACGCUCAGCUUCUCAGAGAACGACUUCACAAUGGACAUCGUGAACAUGAUCCUGCUGUUCAUCGGGUUCCGUCUGCUCGCCUACAUUGCGCUGGUACUGCGCGUGCGCCGGGCUAAGGGCUAAAACAUCUCAAACACCUGCUUAACUUGAGCAGCUCUCAAGUUUACUUAAAACGUCAAAUAAACCAGCUUCCUAAAGAUGCAGGACCACUUGAGUGCUGCUCAAGUUAAUUGAACAGCUCUCAAGUAGUUCUGCAGAGAAGAUAGCGGCUUUUGCACGACCCAAACAGCGCUUUUGCACCACGUCCGACCCGAAACCGAUCUGCUGUUAGUAGACAAGUGGCAAGCGAUUAUCGUAAAUGCUAACAAAAUGUAUGCGA